AGAUGCUAUCGAUUUGAAACUGGGCGAUAAAGAUACAGUGAAUACAAUCAAGAGUACAAUUUCUAUGAAAGAAUGCCAAAGUCUACAAUCUUCCUCGCGCUGUUGUGUGUUUGGACACAGAAUAUAGAUGGUCAACGACUUCGUUCAACUCCAUCAACAACAGUAACAGCAAAUGUUAAACUUUGCCCUUUUAUGUUGCUGACUCCAAACACAAUGGAAACAUUUUUCGGGAGGAAGGUUGUGUAUACAGCACACGUGGAAGCAAAACUAGAUCCUCCGCUAGAUGCUCGAUGGCAAAGCAUCAAGAAUGGCCGUAUUGAAGAAAUCGAUAGAUAUCAAGUAAAAUAUGACGAAACUAAACAUUUACCUUCUCCGAAACUUGUCAUUAAUAACGUCACAUUUGAUGACGUCGGACAAUAUCAACUACAAGUCAGGAUUUCCGAAGGCUGGUGUACAAGUAGUAGAGCUCAGUUAAGCAACGUCUGGGGAAUUUUACAGUAUAAUGAGACAUGUAAUUUCGAAAGGGAGUGUGAUGAGAGAAGAAGGAAUUUGUGUUGUUCGAACAAGAAAUGCCUGUGUCAGUCUCACUUUUAUCACUAUAAUCAGCAAUGUUUCCAUGAGUCCUACCUCAGAGCCGUCUUUGUGGACUGGAACAUCACAACAUCUGAGAUAAAUGUAACAUGGAGAGAUCCAACCACCCACUCUCACCUCGUACAAUCCUACAGAAUCACUGUUAGAGAGAGUGGCGGAUCUACCAGAGUUAACAUCUCUGUUGGGAGAAACACCAGCUAUAACACUGAACUCGACUUUGACCCUGGACACUUAUACUAUAUCAAAAUUACAUCUGUUGUACAACUUACCGACCCAGUAGAAACUAUGUACGCUGAAGCAGAAAAGGAACUAGUCGUUGAGCCACUCCCUCCUGGUGCCAUCGACAAAAACUCUAGUGACUUCCAUCCUGAAAAACUUCGUCUAAAAUGGACAGCUCCAGGAAACAAAACACGUGUCGAUCGAUACCGAAUCACAAUCGAUGGUUACACCUACUACACAAGUUCAAAUACAACAUCCAUUUCACGAAGACUGGAACCCGGUAGAAAUUAUACGGUUACAAUGGUUACAGAGAGCUGGCCCUGGCAUACCUAUAAAAGAAUAAGCAAGCCAUAUGUGGAGCAAAUCACGACAUUACGUACUCCUGAAGUAAUCAUUUCCGGGAGCAGUUCAGUCUAUGUUCCAUAUCUAUCCACCCUAGAGAUUGAAGCUUCUGUACAGAAUUAUUCCGACUUUCCGCCGACGUUAGAGACAAGAUGGCAAAGGAAUGGCGUAGAUAUCAACAUAACAGACAUGAGAUACAACGGCAGUUCUCUCGAUCUGUUCAAUCCUAAACUCGUCAUCAAUAGAGUGGAUUUCGACCGUGAGAAUUGGGCAACAUAUCGAUGUACUGCACAGAACUCAGAAGGAUGGGGAAUAAGCACACAUUAUAAAUAUGUGCACGUUGAAGGGAGCCUUGGUUAUCUUGAGCCUUGUAACAAGUCCAGAGAAUGCCUUCCACAAAGAAAUUAUAUCUGCAGCAGCAACGGGAAGUGUUUGUGUGGUUCCUCUUAUUAUCAUAAAAAAGAUAUCUGCUACCCCAGAAGCUAUCUAGAAGCACAAUCAGUUGAUCUUCAAAGUUCCACAUGUAACCUAACGAUUACAUGGGAUCCUCCAUCAAGAGACCAAGAUCUGUUGUCGGGGUAUCAAGUCAUUACCUCAGAGUACCAAAUCAUUUCCUCGACGUAUCAAGUCAUUUCGUCAAAGACGGUUGGAAAUGAACGCUACUACAGUAUACCCAGAGAACUGCAACCUGGACGGGUAUAUAGAACUUACAUCCGAUCGAAAAUUCAAUUGAGCGAUCCCAAAGAGGAAAUAGCUGUGAAUUCUGAUUACUACUAUACAAUUCUAGAGCCACUAGAACCUGGAUCAAUCUUACGAAGUUUGAGUAACUUUUCGGCUGACAACUUGUAUUUGAGAUGGGAGGCAUCUGGCCAGAAUAGCUUUGUUAGCCGCUACAGAGUCACGAUAGGGGACCGCAGUCAAGAAACAGUAGCCAGUGUUCCGGAGAUCUACUGGGAAGAACUUCUGCUGCCUGACACUGAGUAUACCAUCACCAUUACAGCGAUUAGUUAUGGAUAUAUAACUAAUUAUCCUUCUAAUGGAAUGAGGGAGAGUCUUCCGUCUACAUACUCGAUAAUAACAGCGGAGAGUCAGUAUACUGGAAAGGUCUACAUGUCUUAUGGAGAAACGGAUUACGUCUUUCGAGGAGAUGACGUGACGAGUCGCCCCCUUAGAUCGCCCACAACAGUAUACAUCGGAGAUGGAUCUGAUGGCGGAUUCAAAUCAGUUGUUAUUGGUUCUAAUGGCGUUAUUGGACUUGAUCAUUUUGAAGAAACUUUCAACAGCAUUGAUGUACAUGGAAUGGAUUCCUCGAAAAUGAAAGAAAAACGAAUCAUUUGUCCGUUAUGGACGGAUCUAUCGUCAGGCGACACUGGAAAAGUGUACUAUAACACAUACAAAAGGGGAAGAGAGGAAAACUAUGUAGACUCGCUGUUCAUGGAGAAAGCAGACAGUGUGGUCAAGAAACAUUUCAGGGAUCUGAGAGAUUUCAAAGCUACGUGGCUCGUGAAAGUUACGUGGGAAAACAUGACUCUGUAUGGCUACAAAGAAAAGAAAGUCACAUUCCAAUGUUUCAUCAUCACAGACGGAGAGAAUACCUUUACAGUCAUUAACUACAUAGAUGUCAAUUUAAAAGCAAUCCUCAAUCGUAGAAUUUCUAUAGGAUAUCGUUACAAACAAUUUGUCACAAAAAACUCCUUCACAGACCAGGAAGCAGCGUUCAAAAUGAGUUUCGUUCCAGGAAACAGAGGGGAGCGUGGUUUCUGGAUCUAUAAAAUGACAGAUUUAUUGCGAAAGAAGGAUGAAAAAGAAUGUUUGUUAUGGCACUCUGCCAAUGUACAACAUAAUAUAACUAGUGAAUUGUCCAACGUCUUAAAUGACAUUGAGUGUCCUUGUGAUCCUCGUCUGCUGAGAUUUGAUCCACGUUACGUCAUCAACAGAUUUGACCACGUAAAUAGAGUGUUGUGUUAUGCUUCAAUGACCCUAGGAACAAAUGUGGAAUGUUGCUUCAAGAUGUACGCCGAUACGGAACACCUAGGUCCUCUACAGCUUUCCCUUCCGCUGGCGGGGACAGUCUUGCAGCAUAACCCGUUCUUUGAUAGAUGCAAAUACAAUAACUACGACUUAAAGCCCAGGGACCAAUGUUGUAGAACAGGUCAUUGUGAUUUGUACUACGAAGUCCGACCAAUUCCACGUUGUUAUUGGAGAUCGCCUUUCCGACCUGGAAUUAAUUUUGGAGACCCUCACAUCACUACACUAGAUGGUCGGGACUACACAUUUAAUGGAUACGGGGAAUACACCAUGAUCAGGAUAAAUACCAGCAUAACGACCUUUGAACUUCAGGCUCGGACAGAGUUGGCUACCACAGAAAAUGGAACUACCAUUAAUGCUACUAUAUUUAGUGCCUUUGUGGCACAAGAUCAAACGGGCUCCAAAGUACAGGUCGAAAUGUCACGAAACAAAACGGAAAUGAUAAUUCGAGUUAAUGGAGUGGACCUGACAAUUAAAUUCAAAAAUGCCAACUAUACAUUCCGAACACCGAACGUGUCAUUGCAGUGGGAAAACCAAACGAUAUCAGCAACAUUUCUCAAACCCUUCAUAACUAUGAAAAUCAGUCUUGGAAAACGAUUCCUAAUUUGCACGACACUAGUCAACAAAAAAUAUAAAGGCCUAAUGUUAGGUUUGAUGGGAAACUUUGAUGGAAACAAAACAAACGACUUCCUUCUCCCAAAUGGCACUGUGUUAACGGAAAAUGCAACUAAAUCUGAGCGGGGCAUCUUUUACAAUUUUGGACAGUUUUGGUCUGUCAAUGAAAAGUCUACUCUAUUCCACUAUGAUGACGGAUUAACAUGCAAGGAUUUUUCACACCCUGACUUUGUGCCACUAUUCACUGACGAAGUGGAUAAAACCCGCAUCAAGGAAGCAAAAGAGAAAUGUGGAUCCAACCCAUCAAAAGCUUGUGUCGCGGAUUACUUAGCAACAGGAGACAUUAAGUUGGCCAAAUCUUCUGAAAGCACUGACCGGGAUUCAAGAGCAGAUGUCGCACUUAUUGAAAAUGAAACACCGCAAAUAUCAGGAAAUACCAAAGUACAUGUAAUUGUCAACAAAGAAGUGGAAAUGAGGUUCAAUGUUUCUGAUGAUGGCGAAGACAAACCAGUAUACAGAGUUUUAAAACAACCAGACAAUUUCCUAUUUGACGAUGAAACGGGAAUAGCAAGAUGGACGCCGCAAAACGCUAAUGUUUCUGAAAUCAGUAUUAUUGCUGUAGACAGUCAGGGCGCACAGUCCCCCUCCCUCGAUGUCUCCAUCGUAUUGUGUACUGGAUGUAGUGACCACGGGAAUUGCGAUUACGUCAAUGUUAUCCCUACAGAUAAUGACCGAUUUCACACGGCAGCCUGUAGCUGUAACAUUGGAUAUUCCGGAGAUGAUUGUGAGAAUGAGACAGACGCCUGUUUACAGAGCCCCUGUUCUUUGGGUAGGCACUGUACGGACCUGUCACCCGGGGAAGAGGUCAGAUUGGGACGAGGAUUCAACUGCUCAAAAUGUCCCGCUGGAUAUAAGGAUGUCGACAAUAAAUGUCAAGAUAUUGAUGAGUGUAGCUCAGCUGAAAGUAACUCCUGUGAUGUUACCAAGGCAACUUGUGAAAACACAGAUGGGAGUUACAUUUGCGUAUGUCUUAAAGGAUACCGACAGUUGGAUGAUACUUGUUAUGAUAUAAACGAGUGUAUGGAAGGAACGUCUGGAUGUCAACAACUUUGUAGUAACAUGCCGGGAUCAUUUAGUUGCUUGUGUUACCCAGGAUUCAGUCUGAAUGAGGAUAAUUCUACCUGCAAAAAAGCGGGUGAUGAUCUCUGUAGAGAGUUUGAGAAGGAAUGUGAGUAUGCUUGCAGUACUAUAGACGGAACCAUCCAGUGUAUAUGUUCAUCUGGGUACCAACUCACAGAUAAUGGCAUACACUGCACAGAUAUUGAUGAAUGUGCACUGGAUACUUCACCAUGUGAUCAAGAAUGCCUCAACAUGAACGGGUCAUUCAAGUGUGCCUGUCGUCCUGGUUACAGUCUGAACGCAGAUAAAACUUCAUGUUCAGUGUGUAAGUUACCAAACUACGGUGAGAAUUGCAGACAGGUGUGUGAUUGUGGUCCAGGUGUGGACAGGUGUGACCCUGUUAGUGGAUGUGUCUGUCUCCCGGGAUGGACCGGGAAAAACUGUAGUGUAGACAUUGAUGAGUGUCAGCUAAACCCAACUAUCUGUGGUACCAAUAAACUCUGCAGGAACAAUGAAGGUUCUUACCGAUGUGAUUGUUUAGAGGGAUUCAAAUCAAAGGAUGAAAUGUGUGAAGAUAUCGAUGAGUGUGACGAUGCCUCACUGAAUGACUGUCCGCUGGACACUACAGAGUGUAUGAACACGUUCGGUAACUAUACCUGUGAAUGUAAGGAAGGAUAUAAAGAGAGAAACUCCGUCUGUGAAGAUAUUGAUGAAUGCAAGACUCCUAUUCACGGAUGCUCUCAGAAAUGUGAAAACGCCGAUGGUGGAUAUAGUUGCAUGUGCUUCUUCGGAUUCACACUUAAGGAUGAUCGGAAAACGUGUGAAAAGAUCCCAGCUCGAGAUUCUUGUUCCUUGUUUCCGGAAUUAAACUGUUCCUACGGUUGUAAACAAGUUGCACAUGGCGAUCACAGUGGGAUUUGUUUUUGUGAGACAGGAUACGAACUUGUAGACGACGGCAAAACAUGCAUCGACAUUGACGAGUGCAAAGAUGAUAUCACCUGCUCGCAGACUUGUACAAAUACCAACGGAUCGUAUAGCUGCGGCUGUUCCCCUGGUUUCUCGCUACAAAAUGAUUACAGAACCUGUAAAGAAUGCAGUCAGUAUUUCUACGGUGAGAACUGUGCAACACCCUGUAAAUGUGGACGCGGUGCCAGUGGUUGUCAUCAUGUGAAUGGCUGUGUAUGUAAGCCCGGAUGGACAGGUGAAACGUGUGAAGUGGAUAUCGACGAAUGUAAAAGUAACGCAUGUGUCGGGGAACACGUGGUCUGUCUGAACACCCCCGGGUCAUUCCGGUGUCAAUGUAUUACAGGGUUCCAAAAAUCAACUGGUGGUGUCUGCGAAGAUAUCGACGAAUGUCAGGAUCCUCUAGCUUGCCACCAGAAAUGUACAAACUUUGACGGAAAUUACACCUGCAGCUGUAAAGAUGGAUAUGAGCUUAUAAAUACUAAGGAUUGUAAAGAUAUAGAUGAAUGUAAAACCGCCCAGUGUCACCAAUGUUCCAAUCGACCGGGGGGCUUCACAUGUUCAUGUUACGAAGGCUAUCGACUGAACUCAACGACACAGGAUAAAUGUUACAAUAUUGAUGAGUGCGUGGAAAGUAUUGACAACUGUUCCCAAGAGGCCCUCUGCACUGAUACUGUUGGGAGUUUUAAUUGUAACUGUUCCAAGGGAUUUGAAGGCGAUGGAUAUGUCUGUUCAGCCUGUAAAGACUUUACUUUUGGGAAACAGUGUUCUGACAGAUGCACAUGUGUUGUCAACAACACUAAGGAAUGCGAUGCUGUAACUGGUGAAUGUCAAUGUAAGACCGGAUGGAGGGGACCUAAUUGUUCGGAGGAUGUGGAUGAGUGCAAAGAUAGCAUCACCGAAUGUGACACUAACUUGUAUCAAAUGUGUGUUAAUACACCAGGUUCCUCCCAUUGUGAAUGCCGUUAUGGCGGGCUAAACCUUUCUGACUGUAUUCGUCCAGAAGAGCCACACAAACCAAAAAAAACAGAUGUUAAAGUGCGAGCCGAAAUCAGAUUUGCCUUGAACAUACCUAGGAAUGACUUCCUAGAAAAUAGUGAGAAGUGGCGGAAAGAGUUCGAAAACUCGCUGGCGAAUUUCUACGGAGAGAGGGUUCGCAAUUUUUCCGCGAUGUUUGCCCUAUCGAUUCGUCUUGGAAGUAUCAUUAUUGAUGUUGAAAUCCAUGGAACCAAAACCGAUUCGAACGAUCUAGAACAUGAUAUGGCCAUCAGCACGUGGAAAAUGCUAACGGGUGAAGAAAAGAUCAUUGUUUCUGGUCAGAACCUAAAUGUACUAGAAAUAGUGACAAAAGAUGACAACGGAACAUUGGGGGCAUCUCUUACAACUGCGUCCUCACCAUGUGCUUUGUUCAUAAGUCUUGGUGUUUGUAUGUCUGGAGAAAAAUGUCACUCUUCUGCCGGAGUAACAACGUGCAUGAAAGAAAAGCCCGCCCUGUCAGUUUCAGAAAUCUCAACCUUCAUGGUCGUUCUAGGAGUGAGCAUUCCUUCAUUCAUUUUAGUCGUCUUUCUUAUUAUUCUAUGCAUACGUCAUCAACAGAAGUCCAAGAGGAGGGUCAACGAUAUAAAAUUAAACACUAACAUUAGACCGAUGAUGGCUGGAGACUUUAGAGGAAAGGGCCCGUAUUCACAACACGGAAAGAAAUCAGAAUAUGGGGAAAUGGAUGAAGGAUGGAGUCAUCCAAAUUAUGUGUGGGAUUCCUUCUACGAGGAAUGUCAACAAAGUAAAUUACGCAUCCAACGGCCUGCUAUGAAUUCCAACAUGACAAAGCACCACUGAUUGGACAGAAGAAGAUAAAAUGUUAAACAUAAAGUGAAGAUAAAUGACAUUUAUAACAGAGUAUGGUUUUUUGCUUUACUUUUGUAGAUGCACAUGUUAUUGUUUAUUUGACUUUUAAUCAAGAGACAUUUUCUGUUAGAAAUAGCUACAGCAUGUUUACAAUUUAAGAAAAACGUAUCAUUUGAUACACACCUGCUUCUCAGUUGAAUUGUGUUUUUAAUGUCUUGAUUAAGUUGUUUUAGCUUGAAAAAUGAUGACGAAUAUUUCUAAGUUUGAACAUUUUAUGAAAAUUCUCUUGGCCAUUUUCACAAAAACUCCCAUGACUAAGAUAAGAACUGUGUCCUGAGUAAGAAUGCCAGUUUUAUCAUAUGUGUAUAUACUUAGUUAAACUCGUUCAAGCAUAUAUGAGUGAAGAAUUAUAAAUGAAUUCCAGUGUUUUAAGAUUUUCAUCUUGAUAGUAAGACUUUUUUGUGAAAAGGGCCACUAGAUGGUUGUAUUACAUUGCAGCAUAUAUUACCAACAGUACUACAUUGAUUUAUCAUUGAAGCAUUGAUAAUCUUCAUUUCCUUGAUUAAAUGUACCUUUAUUCAUACAACGAAGCAAUUUUUUGCUCAUUAAAUUUAGUCUUUCACAAUCAAA